AGAUUUAUCUUCUAUAACCUACCAAGCACGGUCUAUAAUUUCAUAUUACGCACCGAAUUGCAUCUGCAAUCCAGACCUUGACUGUUCCCGUUUCCAGCUUCGAAAUCAGAAGCAAAACUGUGCGUUUUCCUUGAUUAAAAGGGAAAAAUUUUCACUUCAAAUUUUCGAUCAGAGUUCUCAAUUCAGCUUUUGAGGGCUGUUUCUGUUAUUGAAGCUCAGAAUCGUUUCGUUUUAGUGGGAGCUUCGAGGGUUGAUCAUCUGUUGUGAAAAUCUUACAAAAUUUAAAAUGUUUUUUGAUGGAUAUGGAUACCACGGUACAUCUUUUGAGCAGAUUUAUCGAUGUUACCCUGCUUCUUUUAUUGAUAAGCCUCAAAUAGAAAGUGGCGAUAAAAUUAUAAUGCCUCCUUCAGCCCUCGACCGUCUAGCAUCUCUGCAUAUUGAUUAUCCGAUGUUGUUUGAACUUCGGAAUGAAGCUGCCGAGCGGGUGUCUCAUUGUGGGGUUCUGGAGUUCAUUGCAGAGGAAGGCAUGGUGUAUAUGCCAUAUUGGAUGAUGGAAAACAUGCUUUUACAAGAGGGGGACAUAGUGAAAUUGAAAAAUGCUACGCUUCCAAAGGGGAAAUACGUUAAAUUGCAACCACACACAACGGAUUUCUUGGAUAUCUCCAAUCCUAAAGCCAUAUUAGAAACAACAUUGAGAAAUUACUCCUGUUUGACGACUGGAGAUAGUAUCAUGGUGGCAUACAACAACAAAAAAUAUUACAUAGAUAUUGUAGAAACCAAGCCUUCCAAUGCAAUAAGCAUCAUUGAGACGGAUUGUGAGGUGGACUUUGCACCUCCCUUGGAUUACAAAGAACCUGAAAAGCCCAUUGCCCCACUUUCUGGUAGCAAGGCACUAAAGAAAGAUGAAGAGGCCCCUCCUGAAACUGAACCCAAAUUCAACCCGUUUUCUGGGGCUGGGCGACGUUUGGAUGGAAAACCCUUGAAUUAUCAGCCACCGCCACUUUCUUCUUCGGGGUCUAAGGACAAGAGACCCAGAGUUAUAAAUAGCGAUGCGCAGUCUUCUGCAGCAUCUACUUCACAAAGCAACUCUCGCGAAUCCCAAGGAAAGCUUGUGUUUGGUUCAAAUGCAAACCGGUCUAAAGAAACCGCAAAGGGAAAAGAGACAAAACAAGAGCCAUCCCAACAGAAAGAAGAACCGAAGUUUCAGCCUUUUACAGGGAAGAAGUACUCGCUUCGAGGUUAACAUAAAAUCAAAUGCCUUCAAACGUUUAUUGUAAUUUGCUUCAAGGAUAAGUUAAUGGAUCAAAGGAUACAUCAAAAUGUUGUGUUGAUCCAUAAUUUGAUAUAGAUAGGUGAGUUGAUAAGACGCACGAGAGCUUGUGUAUCAACGAGGCUUUGGCCUCUUAGAGCUUAUUUCUGGCUUAUUUAUGCUCAUUGCCCUGUCUGCUUUCAGGCUUUUAUUGGAAAUAACUCUUUUCUUUUAUUAUUUAUAUUUUAUUGAAAUGACAAAAAUACUCUGAUAUUUAGGUCA